AUGUCAGAUACUCAAUCGGUCUAUUGGACGGAAAUCAAUUCAGAUACGGAUGAUGGCAACCCCGUUGAGAUUUUGAUGAAAGAAUGCGGCUGCACCAGAGAGAGAGCUAUCGAUUUACUCAGCAUUUGCGAUAAUGAUGUCGAGGCGGCCAAGAGACAUAAUGAUCUUUUCCAGGUAUACACGCAAGAUUUAACCCCUUCCCUUGACUAUGGGCGCGGCAGCCUCUCAGUUAGGAGUUUAUCAACCUCUCAAACAAAUACUCCCUUAUCAAACCAAAUACUUCCCAACGCUGAGUCCCAUAACGAUAGUCAAGUCUCCACCAAAGAUGCGCAUGGCAAUGGCUCUGACAGAGAAUGGGACUUUGUUUUGCCAAGCCUGCUGGAUAUGUCUCUUGAAGGGAUAGACUAUUUCGACUCGUAUAGUCUUGCAUCAGCCAUUCAACAUGGCGUUACAGCUUCUCAUAUCCGAAGCUAUCUCAAUCUUUGUAAUCCAGCAGUCACGGAACAAGACAUCAACUCCACAAUUGAAGGUUUUCCUCUCAUGUUUUAUGCCGUUGCAUCCAAUGACGAGAAUAUUACGCGGCUCCUCAUCGAGCUUAAAGCGAGUCCUAAUGCUGUACAUGAAUCAUCGCACGUCCCUUUGUUGGCAUUUGCAAUCAUGUGCAGUGAAACACUGCAAAUUGACACUGCAAACAUGGUUUGCGUCCUCCUCAGCAAAGGAGCUUCACCCUGCGUUAUUCCCAAGGAUUUAUUUACGCCGUAUCUAAAGGAUCAUGCAACGAACUUGGGGCAGAAAGACCAGAAAGAUGCUGAGGUGACUGGAGAGGCAGCGUGGUGCUCCCCGACGACAAAAGCCAGGCUUUCCAAGAAUAUUAAUCUCACUCAUCGAUAUUUCUUGGAAAAGUCUACCCAGUUGAAACCACCCUCAACUAAGAGGCGACAAAUUGCCAGACUCAGAAAUUGCCAGGGACUUCUAGGCAUUCCAUAUUUCCUUAUUGGGCAAUCUGUCGCCACAGAGCUGCUCAUUCAAAAAUUGCUCAUUCAUUUGAUGUUGCCGGCUAAAAACCCUCUCGUUUUGUGCUUUGCUGGGCCGAGUGGUCAUGGAAAGACUGAGCUAGCAAGACAACUGGGCCAUCUACUCUCCUUGGACCUGGAAGUAGUUGAUUGUACCACGUUCAGCCAUGAAAUGGAAUUGUUUGGUCCCAGGAGGCCUUAUAUUGGGUAUGAAAAGGGCUCAGCAGUGAACAACUUUCUCGUCGGACAUUCUGGGAGGAGAUGCAUUAUCUUCCUAGACGAAUUUGAAAAGACAACUCCGGAAAUUCAUUCAUCUCUACUGCUCCCAUUUGAUAAUGGCGAGUAUCAAGAUAGGCGUAAUGGUGACAAGAUUAAUUGCUCAAACACGAUAUGGAUACUGGCAACAAAUGCACUAGAUAAUUCUAUUUUGGACUUUUGCGAAGAGAAUAAUCUCAUAACCGGCAAUAUCGGAGACGAGAAAACUCGACUAGUCAGAAAACUCUCACAGCAGCUACGAGAGAGCUUUCUACAGCAAUUUGGUGCACCUGUUACUGGCCGUAUCUCAGACUUCAUUCCCUUGCUGCCUUUUACAGUUGGUGAACAAGCUGUCAUCACUCAUAAAUGCUUGUUAGGAUUGGCUCAGGAUCUGCGCCUCCCAAUAUGCCUAAUCAAGGGCCCAUCAGAGAGACUUAUCGGCAACAUUAGGCUGCUGAUUAGAAGAGAUGGUACUGUAUGCUCUACACUUGCAAAAUCUCACUACCACGUCAAGUUGGGGGCUCGUAGUUUGAUGGCUGGGGCAGAGAAGGUAAAACGCAUCGUUCUAGACGUGUACCUCGAUGACGAUGAGGAGAUUACGGAACAACACGACUUGCGUGACUUUGUCAUUGAUGUGGACGAUGGGGAUAUUGUAGGCAAGAUCUUGACGGAUACUCGAGCGAAUAUUCAGCCAUGA